CAUAUGGAAACUACUUUUAAAGCUGUUGGGCCAUAAAAUUUUAUUCAGCAGUUUGAAACCAAUCCACAGCUUUCCUCAUUCACCCUCCCAUUUAGGGCUAAUGCACAGGCAUGAACAUCUCUUGAGGAAAACCACAAAAAAAAACCUUCAAAUCAGCUAAAACGGUAUCCUAAAAAUAUUCCAAUUGCAAAUUAGCAUCUCUGUUGGCAGCAGCAAAUUAUAAAAAAAAAAAAAAAAAUUGAAAUUAUCAACACGGCUUGAAAUUUCUGAUACAGAAAAAAUAAAACUAACUUUGGAAACUAUUUUUCAGAAUACUCACUGAUAUAUAAAAAUGUUAGCAUCUAAUUAAAGAUCACUAAGGGUUAAAUACUUGGUCUCUGGUCCCUAAUGCUAAAACCCUGCCAAAAAGUCCUGUAAGCUUUAAAUAUUUUUUCGAUGGUCUGCAUUUUUAUUUCCAGGGAAAACGAGAAUAUUGUCCCACGGUCAGCAGGUCACUAGUUAUUAACUUCCAGUUACCUUGAUUAUUGCUAAAAUGAAGAUUCUGCAUUCUAUAUUUCUUCUGUCACUGUUUGCGUCCCUGAUAAAGCCAGCACCACCAACUCAGCAGGAUUUACGUGUUAUCUAUGAUUAUGGAACAGAUAAUUUUGAAGAAACCAUUUUUAGCCAAGAUUAUGAGGAUAAAUACCUGGAUGGAAAAAAUAUUAAGGAAAAACAAUCUAUAAUAACACCUGAUAAGAAAAGUCUUCAAUUACAAAAAGAUGACAUUGUAACAACUUUACUCCCCAAGAAAGAAAAUGAAGAAAUGCCCACAUGCUUGCUGUGUGUUUGUUUACUUGGUUCUGUAUAUUGUGAAGAAGUUGACAUCGAUGUUGUACCACCCUUGCCAAAGGAAUCAGCUUACCUUUAUGCACGAUUCAACAAAAUUAAAAAGUUGACUGCCAAAGAUUUUGCAGAUAUACCUACCUUAAGAAGACUUGAUUUUACGGGAAAUUUGAUCAAAGAUAUAGAAGACAGUACAUUUUCAAAACUUCUUCUAUUAGAAGAACUUUCGCUUGCAGACAAUCAACUACUGAAACUUCCAGUUCUUCCUCCCAAGCUAACUUUAUUUAAUGCAAAAUACAACAAAAUCAAGAGUAGAGGAAUCAAAGCAAACACGUUCAAAAAACUGAGUAACCUCACCUUCCUCUACUUGGACCACAAUGCCCUGGAAUCUGUGCCACUUAAUUUACCAGAAAGUCUACGUGUAAUUCAUCUUCAGUUUAACAACAUAACUUCAAUUACAGAUGAUACAUUCUGCAAGGCUAAUGACACACGUUAUAUUCGGGACCACAUUGAGGAGAUUCGUCUGGAGGGCAAUCCCAUCAUCUUGGGAAAGUAUCCAAACAGUUUUAUCUGUUUAAAGAGAUUACCUAUAGGAUCAUACUUUUAACUAUU